AAUAUAUGGAAAAUGGAGAUUUACGAAAAUAUCUUAAACGAACUGCUAAUAUAAUUACAUGGGAUCAAAGAUUAAAUAAGAUAUAUGAUAUUUGUCUUGCACUUAAUAAUAUUCAUGUUCACGGGUUAAUUCAUAAAGACCUUCAUCCAGGAAAUAUUUUUAUUGAUUCUACAUUUGCAUAUAUUGGAGAUUUUGGAUUUUGCAUGCCAGCAAACGAAGAUUUAUCAAAUUCUACAAAUAAGAAUAUUUAUGGAGUAAUGCCAUAUAUGGCACCUGAAAUAUUACGUGGAAAACCACAUACAUUAGCAUCUGAUGUAUAUUCAUUAGGUGUGAUUAUAAAUGAAAUAAUUACAGUAAUUCCUCCAUUCAAUAAUCAACCACAUGAUUAUUAUCUCGCACUGGAUAUUUGUCGAGGUUUACGUCCAAAUAUUAGAGAAGAAACUCCAACUUCUUUAGAAAAAUUAAUUAAAACAUGUUGGGAUGCAAAUCCAGAAAACCGACCAACUUCCGGAGAAAUAUUUCACACAUUAUCGUAUCAUUUUAAUGCAUAUAAAAGUACGCCACCGAAAGAAUUAUUAUAUGAUUUUAACGAAUCAAUCAACAUUACCAAUUUAUUAUUAAAAGUACAAUUAGAAACACAUUCCCAAGCUAUUUAUACAAGUCGACUUCUCAAUUUUCAAAAUUUACCAGAGCCUGUAAACUACCCGAAUCAACAAGAAUUUAUUUCUUCGAGGUAUAUUAAGAAAAUACAAACAGGGCAAGUUUGUAACACCCUUCAUUCUGAUGAAUGUUCAGAUUGUAUUAUUAUGGACAUUGGUUGA